AUGUUUAUACGAAACAGUAAGAGGUCAUCUUCCACUUCAAAUGACUCAUUGUAUGAGCGCGAUAGGUUUCGGGCAAGAUUACACAAUUUCAAUGUGACUGUCGAGGAGCCUGAUCAGUGUGAGGUGUGUGAUACCAUUGGCAGUAAAACUGCCCGAUUGAACGUACGAAAACAUGACCAGGAAGAAGAGGAAUUUACUACCAGUUUGUUGUCACCGUUGGAUAUGAAUUCGGCCUUCUACAAAACCUUAGAUCUGGUCUGCUACGAAAAAUUUCCAGAGAACAUGAAGAUUAUGUCCUUGAAAAUUGGAAGUGUGGAGCCAGUAUUUAACUGGUAUUUCAACAAACCCCUUCCUAAUACUCGUCAAAUGUUCCCAUGGCUUCACGGAUUACAUCCAAAGAAUUUCUCCCAAAGGCGGUACUUCAUUAAGCAGGAGAAGAAAUACAGUGAAGAAUCAGUCGAUGAGGAACUUCUAUGUUCCAAACCCUAUUCUAGGUUCUUAAUGACCGUCAAUGCAAGCAUACGAGACCAUGAAGGUCCUAUAUUGAAAAACAACACUUUGGUCAACGAGGUGCUAUGUCCAAUAGACAUAUCAAGAGAUGAAGUUUGCGAAUUAGUUAAGAUCAUGGUAUUGAAGGUAUUUCCAAAUGAGGAAUCCAUAGACACAAUUUUAGAGGUAUUCUUGAGAGAUAUAUUUGAACUUAAUUAUUUACCGAUGUUCUUAGAUUUAGACCCUCUAGAACGAGGUGUGUCUCUAAGAAACUACCAUAUCCAAGUGGCUAAGCUGGCAAUUUGCUCGGACUUCAUCAUUUAUUGUUUUGAUGAGAAGAAUUUGCAAACAUGUCAUAGCUUGGCAAGGUUAUUCUGGUUAGCUCAGAGAUUCGAGGAAGCAAACAACCUGGACAUAGAUGGUGAACUGAGACCUGUUUACAACACUUUUGUAUUAACAGAUUUUGAUGAUAUUGGGCUUGCGACAAAGAUCCAAUCUGUUACUUUGAAGAACAAGUUCCCAAGCAAGAAUUUUGACCUUAAUGAAAUGGUUAAGUUGAGUUUGAAAUUUUUACAGAAUUGGGAUACCGAGUACAUUAUCAAGGAGAAGAUAGAAACCAUCAAGAUGUCUUCUGCUUCAAGAUUGAACGGGUGCUUGUAUUCGGGUAACUCAUGGGAUUAUCAAAACUUCUUAAACUUCAUUUACUCAGGUAAAAAAGAGUACUUGGCAAACAAGAAACUUGUUGACAUAAAAAACUUGUAUUGUAACCCAUUGAAUUCGAUAACCACAUCUAAUAUCAAUUCAGAGAACUUGAUUGAAACCAUUUUGCCAUUGCCAAAUUUGAAUUACAAAAUGUUCAUUAACUGUUUCAAUGAGGCCAACUUCCCAGAUAAACCUAAUCUUGAAAGCUUGCUAUCAUUGUUCAGUAAGUCAGAAGAUUCUUCUUGUAAUGAUGUCGGCGACUAUUUCUGUUUGACAUUUCCUUCGUCAGGUUCCAUCGGUCUCGGGGAUAUUACGCAGGACAACAUCAUUUCCAUCUUGAAUACUUGUAAGUUGCUUUACUUGAUAAGUUGUGUGAAAAAUUUGGACUCCCUCAUUUAUUGUUCUGAUGGAUAUACCGAACUGUCACUUCUCAUUUUGAUUUACACCAUUUAUUCCACAAAUACUUCAUUAAAUCGUGCAAUAAUCACCUUGCAUUUGAAAUAUGGUCGUCCAUUUUACAUUUUCAACACGGAUGUUCAAAUUUUACUGAAGUUAGAACCAAUACUAAGGAAAUAUUCACCGGUCGCAAAUGAUGAUGUUGAUUGGGAGGAUUUUGAAGAGAUUCCCAGUAAAGAGGUGAACCAGUUAUUGUUGAGUCCUAGAACAUUAAUGGAAGACUUUAGGAAGGGAAUAAUCGAGUCUUCAGAUUUGAUCAAUGAUGAUGAAUUCUCCUCUUCUUCGUCAAGUUCUUCGUCCGGGGAUGAAUCUUUUAUUCCUUAUGAGACUGAUUGGUGUAAGGAAGUGGAAGGGUCUCUUCCUUCAAGAAUUUUACCAUACCUUUAUUUGGGCUCGUUGAAACAUGCUAGUUGUCUUCCAUUAUUAAAAGAACUCGGAAUCAAAAAAGUGAUCUCGGUAGGUGAACCUUUGUCGUGGCUUAAUGGAUCUAAAUUCCAAAGAGAUAAUGACAUAAUUAUUGAUGAGCUAAACAAUGGUGACAUCGAGUUGUACAACAUUGUCCCCAAUGAUAAGACAAAGGCUCACUCACCAGUCGACCAGGUCAUGAAGGUCAAUAACCUUCAAGAUGAUGGAAUUGCUCAACUUGAGUCUUCAUUGCCAGUGAUUCUUGACUAUAUCGAAGAGCAAUAUCAAAUAUCUCAUGGUCAGACCAAGAUAUUGGUGCACUGCCGUGUAGGGGUAUCAAGGUCAGCUACAGUGGUAAUUGCUGAAGUCAUGAGAAGACUCAAAAUCAAUUUACCAAAGGCUUAUCUUUAUGUGAGAGUUAGAAGAUUGAAUAUCAUUAUUCAACCAAAUUUAAAGUUCAUGUAUGAAUUGUUCAAAUGGGAAGAACUACAUAAGCAAGAACACGAUGAUUGUCUCCGUGAAAUCGAUUGGUUUGCCAUGUGUCGAGAAAUUACCUCAUUGAAUACCCCGUACCUAACAAACUAAUUGACCACUCUGACAUCCCGUCCCGUUCCUUUCCCGAUUGGUGAUAGCAUAAAAGUUCACAUUUAGUUCUAUUUUGCCACAUCUUGCACACCUUAUAGAGAGAUGUGGAGAACCAUUAUUUGGUCAUGUUAUUGGUACACUUGAUGGACACUACAUUAAUUGUUUUGUAGCCACCCAAAAGUUAUACCGUGUAUAUUUUCGUAGGUUUGUAUUAUAUCAAAACAUUUUUAUCAGUUUUU